AUGGAUCGGCCCUAUGCCAGGUCAGAGGCCGAUUAUGAACGAUAUGUCAAGGUGUUCAUGCAGGAUCCAACCCGCGGCAUCGAUGACUACUGGCUGAGAAAGCUCAGUGCACCGGGCAGCGAGUACGUCUAUGGAAACCUUUCACUCGAUAUAUACGCCGUCUCGUCGACACUCGAACGGCGGGCAAACUUGAAACCUGAGAAAACUCAAGAGGUGCUCCGAACCCUGCUUAUAAGCGAUGCCUCCCAGGCUCUUUACGACAUUUGGAAAGAACACGUCGUGUCGACUCACCAGCACCUCACGAUCGCCAAGAUCAAGGCUUAUAUUAAUGAGGGCGCCGAAUGGACACGAGGAGGGCUUGUUGAUCUGUCUAGGGUAUGCGCCAUGGAUGCCUUCAACGCGCUCCUGGGAAGCACAAAUCCCAUUCAAUGUAUUUGCCGGUCGUCGAGGAGGAUGAGGAAGACAGCACAGGUACGAGAGGCCCUGCGACAGUUAAAGGACACUGAAACGGCCAUUGAUGUGGAUGGUAUAGAUGAUAUAGGUGAUGUAGAUUAA